AAUUAUGAGUAAAAAUUUUUGCCGGGUAAAUAUUUGGAUAAAUUAAAUGUAAAAAUUAGUUUUUGCUUAAACAGGCUCUUGAUAAGUUUCUCUGUCAUUAUACGUACAAUGGCUAGAGUAUCAGGUGCCACUCUGGCAUUGUUCCUCUGUCUAUGCUUAAGUGUAUUUGGAUAUAUAAAUGCGAAGUCCUUUCCCGUCUGGCCGGAUAAUGUUUCAUAUAGAGCGGAAUUCGAUCUCACGGAUUGGAUUGUGUCGAUGCCAAUCGAUGUAGCAAUUUCAACCGAUGAGUCGGGCGGAAGAAGUACCUGUUACUCCUUCUACAAUGACACCUUCUACAAUGGCUUGAAUACGUACUAUCGUAUGAGUGAUAAUAGCACCUACUUUAUAUAUCCCAAAAUCGACACACCUCAAUGCAACUACGAUGCUUCGAGUGAUUUGGCACUAGAUUAUCUACCUUCCGCAAAGUAUAACUGGGAACAUAUCAAAGAGGAAGAUGGCAUUGACUACUGGUCUUCUACUAUACAGGUUGCUCGUGACCACUUUGCUCGCUUUGUGUUCUUAUCUAGAGCGAGUGACAACGCACCAGUCCUUUUUCAAACUGAUUUGUACCCGAUUAGGGUCAGGUACUCUAACUACACGACUGGCAACAUAUCCAUCCCAUCAUUGCCUAGCAUUUGUGACGCAGGCUCGAGGGUUAGGAAAAAUGCACCGUUCCCCCACAUUACUUUCUUGUUGAAAGGGCUGAAUCAAAUGCUUAGCGCACCCCCUAGCCUGGAAGUAGCACAACAUCAUGAGUUUUCUAUGUUUAUUUUGAAGUAUUCGAAGACAUACAAGGAUGAAGAGGAAUAUAUGAAACGAUUAGAAAUAUUCAAACAGAACUUAGAAGUAAUUAACGAACACAACAGAAGGGUAGAUUCAACUUAUUCUCUGGGUGUCACGAAGUUCUCAGAUCUGAGUGGAGAAGAAUUUAGAAUGUUGCAGUCAAACAAUCGUCUUAAAGAGUCACCAAGGCUCAAAAAAGAGAUGAUAAGGAAAGGAGUAGAGGUUCACAAGAGAAGCGAUUCAAGCGCUCUUCCAGCCAGUGUUGACUGGACUAAAAAGCAGGGAAUGGUCAAUUCAAUAAAGGACCAGGGACUGUGUGGAAGCUGUUGGGCUUUUGGUUCUAUCUCGGCCUUAGAAAGUGCUUGGGCUAUCAAAACAGGAAAUUUGUAUUCUCUUUCGGAGCAGCAAGUUAUUGAUUGCGUGUGGACGUCGAGCUUUGGCUGUGAUGGCGGACUUCCUACCGACGCUUACGAUUGGAUAUUGAAUCAUGGGAUUUCUUUCGAAUCUUCUCAACCUUAUUUGAUGUUAGACGGGUUCUGUGAAUACCGAUACGACACUCAAGUUAAGCUUAAGAAAUAUGUAUUGGUUAGCCAGGACACAUCUGAUAUCAUGGAUGCGCUAGCCAAUCACGGACCAGUCGCAGCUGCUAUGUAUGCAGGUGACGACAAAUUUAGGUUCUACACUGGCGGCAUAUUCGAGUCUACAUCAUGCAACUACUGUGGACCAGAUGAUCUCGAUCAUGAGGUUUUGAUCGUUGGUUAUGGUACAGACAUCUCACCCUACGGAGUCGAAAUGCCCUACUGGUUGGUCAGGAAUUCUUGGGGACCUCACUGGGGAAUAGAAGGCUACUUCAAACUCGCGCGUGCCGAUGAUGGUAAAAACAGUGGCUGCUGCAUCAACCUAGAUGUUUUAUAUCCUGUAGUUUAAUCAAACGAUAUGCAGCCCUCUCUAUACCAAAUAAACUACUGACUCGUUGGUUAUGAAA